GCCAGUACCAAAACGGUUCUCUUAUCAAAGAAACACACAACCAAAAAACUGCAUUCAAUCACCGCCUUUUACCAUGGGAAGUGCUUGUUUUUCAUGGGAAGUAUGUUUGUUUUUCGUCCUCAUUAAUACCUGUGAGGUGAUGGGGGAUGUUGGACUCGCAGACGCCGAUGAGUGCUCUGAAGGCACGGAUGACUGUCACAUUGAUGCUCUCUGCCAGAAUACCCCCAAAUUCUUCAACUGCAUCUGCAAGCCGGGGUACAAGGGAGACGGCAAGCAGUGUGAAGACAUGGACGAGUGUGAGAAUGAGUACAACGGAGGCUGUGUCCACGAGUGUAUCAACAUCCCGGGCAACUACAGGUGCACCUGCUACGACGGAUUCAUGUUGGCCCACGACGGACACAACUGUCUGGACGUGGAUGAGUGCAUGGACAACAACGGAGGAUGCCAGCAGGUGUGUGUGAACACCAUGGGAAGCUACGAGUGUAUGUGCACGCAAGGCUUCUUCCUCAGCGACAACCAGCAUACCUGCAUCCACCGCUCCGAAGAUGGAAUGAACUGCAUGAACAAGGACCACGGCUGCGCCCACAUCUGCAGGGAGACCCCUAAGGGGGGCGUGGCUUGCGAGUGCCGGCCCGGGUUCGAGCUGGCAAAGAACCAGAGAGACUGUACAUUGACGUGUAACUAUGGGAACGGAGGCUGCCAGCACAUGUGUGACGAUACGGAUGUGGGGCCGGUUUGUGGCUGUCACCAGAAGUACGCCCUGCACUCAGACAGCAAGACCUGCAUCGAUCUGUGCUUUGUUGCACCCCGAAAAUGUCGCCCGGAGUUUCACGAUGACGAUGAGAGAGAUGAGGCUGCAAUUGAGAGCUCUGAGUUCAAUGCCACGUCAAUAGCUGAUGUGGACAAGCGGGUGAAACGGCGGCUACUUAUGGAAACCUGUGCGGUGAACAAUGGCGGCUGUGACCGGACAUGCAAGGACACGGCUACAGGGGUCCGCUGCAGCUGCCCCGUGGGAUUCACCCUGCAGCCAGACGGCAAGACCUGCAAAGACAUAGAUGAAUGCCAGGAGGCGACCAAUAACGGCGGCUGUGACCAUUUCUGCAAAAACACGGUGGGCUCCUUUGAGUGCAGCUGCCAGAAGGGCCACAAGCUCCUCACUGACGAGCGCACCUGCCAGGAUAUUGACGAGUGUUCCUUUGAGAGGACCUGUGACCACACCUGCGUCAACUACCCUGGCAGCUUCGACUGUGUCUGUCAGGAAGGAUACACUCUUUACGGCCUCACACACUGCGGAGACAUAGAUGAGUGCAGCAUUAACAACGGGAGCUGUGAACACAGCUGUGUGAACACACAGGGAGGCUAUGAGUGUCUGUGUCCGGCCGGUCAGAAACUCCACUGGAACAAGAAGGACUGCACCAAGGCGGUGAAGUGUUUGGCCGACGGGAAACCAGCGCCGCGCGCCCAGCUCAGCUGUAACAAGAGAGGAGGGGUGGAGGUGUGCUCCCUCUCCUGUCCGUCCAACGCACUCUUCCUCGCAGACUCUGAGAACAGCUACACACUAAGCUGUGGUGUGCCGGUGCAACCUGGGAAGGCACCGCAGAAGAGAAACGCCACCACCGCCCUGCUCACCUGUGCAGAUACGUUACCCCCGCCCAUCAAGCAGAAGGCCCGCUUCAAGGUCAAAGAUGCCAAGUGUCACCUGAGACCCAGGAACAAGGAAAAACACAGAGAGAUGUCCAAGCCGAGCCUGCAAGGGGGUCCGCUCCCGUGUACUGACGACUGCCAGGUGACCUUUGUCAAUCUGAAGUGUGACUCGUCCAAGAAACGGCGGCGUGGACGCAAGUCCCCUUCCAAAGAGGUUUCCCACAUCACAGCUGAGUUUGAGAUGGAGAUGAAGGAAGCCUCAGGUCAGUGUGACUGUGCAACCUCAGACUCGUGUAACGUGGAGUGUGUGAGGGAGCGUAUGAAGCAGAGGUUACAGAGUGCCAUGCGGACCCUGAGGAAGUCCAUCAACAAGCAGCAGUUCUAUAUCCAGUUCUCUGGUACCGAGUACGAGGUGGCCCAGAAACCUGCACUGCACGUUGAGCAAUGCAGCACCGGACAGGUCUUACGGGACGGCAAGUGUGUGAGCUGUGGUGUGGGGACGUACUAUAGUGGAGACCAUGAUCAGUGUAUCGUGUGUCCCCCUGGUACAUACCAGGACACAGUGGGCCAGCUGUCCUGUGAACCCUGCCCCAGCACCGAGGGACAGGGCAUCGCCGGGGCCAAGAACGUCUCCCAGUGCGGAGGCCAGUGUCCGCCUGGUCAGUCUUCGUCAGAUGGGUUCCGUCCCUGUAACCCCUGUCCCCUGGGCUCCUUCCAGCCGGAGCCUGGACGUGUACUCUGCUUCCCCUGUGGAGGGGGCCUCAUGACCAAGUACGAGGGCUCUGUCGCCUUCAGGGACUGUGAGGCCAAAGUCCACUGUGCUCCUGGACACCACUACAACUCCAGUAACCACCGCUGUAUCCGCUGCCCAGCCGGUACCUACCAGUCAGAGUUUGGACAGAACUACUGCAUCACCUGCCCUGGCAACACCACCACCGACUUUGACGGAGCCACGAACGUCUCUCACUGCAAGAACCAGGUGUGUGGCGGUGAGCUGGGGGACUUUACAGGCUUUAUUGAGUCUCCUAACUACCCCGGGGACUACCCGUCCAAUGUAGACUGUAUCUGGACCAUCAACCCCCCUCACAAGAGACGCAUCCUCAUCGUGGUGCCUGAGAUCUUCCUCCCCAUCGAAGACGAGUGUGGAGAUGUGCUCGUCAUGAGGAAGAGUGCCCUGCCCACCUCCAUCACCACCUAUGAGACGUGUCAGACGUACGAGCGGCCAAUCGCCUUCACCUCCCGCUCCCGCAAGCUCUGGAUCCAGUUCAAGUCCAAUGAGGGCAACAGUGGCAAGGGCUUCCAAGUCCCCUAUGUCACCUACGAUGAGGACUACCAGCAGCUGAUAGAGGACAUUGUCCGAGACGGCAGACUCUACGCAUCAGAGAAUCACCAAGAGAUACUGAAAGAUAAAAAACUGAUCAAAGCCCUGUUUGAUGUUCUGGCUCACCCCCAGAACUACUUCAGGUACACUGCACAGGAGUCCAAAGACAUGUUCCCCCGCUCAUUCAUCAAACUGCUGCGCUCCAAAGUCACACGGUUCCUACGGCCGUACAAAUAAGCUGCUACGCCCCCUGUCUGUUACCCAGACGCUUACCCUACUCCCCAUUUCCACCAUCUACUCCUCCCGACCCUUCACCUACGUCCUUACCCUGUCAACAUCCCCAUGUGUCUUCUAAUCCCUACGUCUAUACCCCUACAUCUCUCCUACACCGCCCCCCGCCAAUCUAUCCCUCUCUUCUACACCCUCUACUCUGAAACACUUCUCUUGCACCCCCAACCCUACCCAGAGUUCCUCCUGAAUCGCAAUCCCAGCAUUCUCUGCACAGGAACAGAGAACCAUCUCUUCCUCUUUUGUCUUUUUUCCCCCUGCAGUCCUUGUUUUAACUUUCCAGCUUUUCCCCUGUAAUUCUGUUUUGGUUUGUUUUUGUGUUGUUGUUGUUGUUUUGGUUAUAUUUAUAUGUGUUAGAACUUGCAGAAGCCCACAACAUGGAUGUUUGAUAUAUAUGUACGUACAGACAUGUUGGCUACAAGUAAAAUGUAUGUGUAUCUAUGUACGUAUGUAUAUUUGUGUUUGUGUGAACAUACGUAUGUGCACGUAGAUGUGCACGCAGAUGGUGUGCGAGAGUGAUGUCACACGCAGGUACAUAGAUGUAUCUUUAUUUUGUUAUUUUAAAAGGCCCCUGGCGUGCACAAAAAAAUGAUUGGUGCACUUAUAUCAUAUUCUGCAUCAACAUUUUCACAUGGGAAAUUAAGACAUUUCUGAUUUCGGCAUCCCAGACAAUUCCACCUCAAACUGAGUACAGUGAACGAAUAAGUUUGAUUUUCCAAAAAGUCACUUUUCUUUAAAGAUAUAUAACAAGAUGAAAAAACUACCUGCAAGUAACAGUCGUUGCUAUAGAGAGUAUUGUAUGUGAUGUAACUAAUAUUUGGAACUUUAAUUGCACUUGAAUUUUAUAUUGUGAACUGUAGAAAAAAAAAUCUAAGUUACAUUUUUCCUUAUGUUUUGUGUUGUAUAGAAAUGUAUUACCUUGGUUGUAGCAAAGAGAGAGACAAAAAUAUGUCCCGUUUUGUUCUCACCACAAGAAAAAACCCAGCGUUCAAUUGUUUAGACAGACACCAUCAAAUCCACACAUUUGGCCUGAAAAGCAGUAUUCCCAGUAAGUAAUAAUUUAAAGGGAAAUGUCCUUAACGACCCACUACUAUUUUAGUUGUGGGUGUGCUCCCAUCUCCUAACUCUGCCUCAUCCCUUUAAGACUCUCCUGACUAGCUGCCAGAGAAAAGGGGUGUUUUGUGUAAAGCUUCUUAUAUGAUGGCACUAAGUGCACACUCAAAACCACCUGCUUUUUACGAGUGUCCACUCUCAAUCCGUCCUAUUUGGACUUCUCACAGUUUAUGUAAGUCAUCAACCUAGACUGUUGAUUUAAUAUCUGUAACAAAUAUGUUAGUUUGUUUAUAUUUCUGCACAAUGCAAGUGGAGAAAAUAUGUAUUGUAUGAUGACGAGACUGUUGAUUUGGAGGUGAAUGUAGUAGCAGAGAGACAGAGGUCUGUUUGAAAGUAUUGUGAUGUCUAUGAGAGUAUCUGUAUGUACAUAGCACUUGCAACUGUAACCAUAACCCAGAAAGCGCCCCAACUGACCUCAACUCGUCAAAUGUUCUGACAAAAUACACUUUCAUUGUUCUCCCCCUUGUAACACUCUCCCAGCAGAGUCCGUUUAAGCAAUAAGGCCCUGAGCUGUGGUAUAUUGGCAAUAUACCACAAACCCCUGAGGUGCCUUAUUGCUAUUAUAAACUGGUUACCAAUGUAAUUACAGCAGUACAACAACAAAAAAUCUGUCAUACCCGUGGCAUAUGGUCUGAUAAACCACGGCUGUCAGCCUAUCACAAGUUUAUAAUUGCCUAUACAGCACAUCUAUUACAGACCUAUUAAACUGCUACUACACGGUUAUAAACAAAUUAAAUUAUUUGUGCUGGACACAAGGAUGAUAAGCAUAAUUAUAUGGCUUGUAUCUUCUAACCUAUAGGCCAUAUACUGAAGGCCACUGAUAUGGGAUCAGAAAUAGUCAUUCAUUCAUAAAGUCUGCUUUGUGCCCUAGCACUGAUCCAGAACCUGUUCAUUCCAGUCUAAUCGUAACCCCCAUUGUUGUGUGUAGAGUUGUGUCAGAAAAUUUUACUAGUCGUCAAAUCAAAGCUCAUUGGAGGAGGUGGUCUGGGGGAGGGACCUUGCAAACUCUCCUCCAAUGAGCUUUGAGUGGAAUUGAGCUAACAAGGGCGGAGGAAGCAUGGAUUUGACAGCUAAAGUUUUCAGAUACAACCAAGGUGUUUGUCCACUCAGUCCACUCAAAAUGGUUGUCACCUGCAGAGGUGUAGCUAAUGUUGGUACAGUGCACCCACUUUCUGUUGAGGGAUGUUUUGGGCGUUUAGUGUGUUUGAUGAUGAUGAUGAUGAUGAUGAUGAUGAUGAUGAUGAUGAUGAAAAUCGGUAUGAAAUGCAACAUUUUUUAUGAUUGACUUUUCCUGAGAAUGUAUUCUAUUGUGUGUGUGUGUGUGUGUGUGUGUGUGUGUGUGUGUGUGUGUGUGUGUGUGUGUGUGUGUGUGUAUGUGUGUGUGUGUGGGUGUGUGAGAGACAGUGUGAUAUAGAAAGAGUGCAUGUUCUGUGUAUGUGUGUGAGAGAGUGAGACAGUGUGUGUCAGUGUGUGAGUAGCUUGUGAGAUCGAGGUGGAGAAAGAGAGAUAUUGUAUGUAGGUACUUUAGUCCAUUUUAUAGAGGGAUAAUUUUAACGCUUGUGUUAGUCGGUUGUAUGUACCCAAAGAGAGAAACUGUAUCACAGUGUUUUGCCAUUGUUUGGUCCAUGAAAAUCCAGUAAAGAACCAAUUCAAAUAAACAGUAGCAGAAAAACAA